GCGGCCAUGUUGGAGCAGCGGAGGCGGCGCAGAGGCGCGUCCUGGGUCCCCGCGGCGGCGCCGGUGCCGAGCGCUGGUUUGUGGAUACCCAGGCAGAUCUGCAGUGCCUAAUGCCAUGAGCGUGGUGCAGCAUGUGGAGGAGAAAGCUGUGCACUCCUGGUCGCGGAUCUCCACGGCAGGGAAGAAGGCCCUGGAGGAGGCGCUGCUUGUCUUUAACCCCAUGAGCCAGGAUCUCAGUGCCACAGAGGCCCAGCUUGUAGCCUUCCUGCAGGGCCUGCGGGAUGAUGGCUUCCAACCCACCAUCCUGCGCAGCGGAGAUGUCUAUGGCUAUAGUUCAUGCACAGCCAACCCCCCAAGCCAGACGAAGCUGCAAGCCCGUGCCCCCACCCCAGCUGCCACAUCACCUCCAGCCAGUGCUCCCCGAACUGCCAUGCGGCUGCCUGCAGGCCGGGCCACGCUGCUCCCUAUGCCACUAUCUGGAAGGCUGGCCAAAGCAUCCUCACCAGCCCUUGCCAAGCAUGCUACCACCAACCUGCUGCUGAGCUCCCUGAAGCAGUCAAGUGCCAGCCGUGCCCGGGGUGCAGCAGUGGGCUUCCCCGCCCACCUCUAUCCAGGUGUCUACCCUGCCAUGCGGCUCUCUGUUGUCCUUGAGGCCCUGGUUCCACUAAAGACUCCCAUGCCCUGCUUGGGUGCCAAGCACAAGGCACAGUCACUGCAGCUCUCACUUGCAGACUCUCCCCUGAAGCUGCGCAAAGGUCCAGGGAAGAGGCAGGGGAACUGUCGGUCCAAAGCUCCCAGAAAAGCCACAGGCAAGGGCCCUAAGUGUCUGACUUACAGAGGCCCCAGGGCCAGACCCCAACAAGGCACUACACCCCGGAACAAGACCUACAAAGCCACUGGGUCCCUCGGUGGCCUACGAAUGAAAGGUGGCUCUGCCCUGGGCACCAAAACAUCCCAGGCCAAGGCAGCUCGAACACUGGCCAAAGCUGCCCAGGCCAAGGUGGCUCGAACACAGGCCAAAGCUGCCAAGGCUCGAGCAAAAGCCAAGGCAGCACAGAUCAGGGCCAGGGCCAAGGCAGCACGGAUCAGGGCCAAGGCCAAGGCGGCACAGAUCAAGGCCAAAGCCAAGGCAGUGCGGGCCAAGGCCGAGGCAGUGCGGGCCAAGGCCAAGGCAGCACGGGCCAAGGCAAAGGUGGCUCGGGCCAAGGCAAAGGUGGCUCGGACCCAGUCCAGGAGCAGGGGCAGGCCAAAAGGGUCUGUUCAGGCCAGGACUGCGAGGAGGGGCCCAAAAAGCCGCCCUGAGACUGUGGGGCAGAAGAGGAAAAGGGCUGAGGAGGCAAAGGAUCUUCCUCCCCAGAAAAGAACACGACUUGGGCCCCGAUCCCCUAAGGCGUGGCUAGGGCCUGGAACAGCAAAGCUGCUGAAAUUCCAGGCCAUCAAGGUGGACAGGCGGUCCUCGGACGAUGAGGUGCGGCAGCGGGCUCAACGGAUCCUCCGUGUGAACCUGUCCCCUGUAAUACAGCUCCAGCCAUUGCUGCCAUACUCAGCACCCUGAUUCCUUCGCAUAGCAAUGUUUGGGGAAACUGAGCCCAGUUGUCUGUGCGGCCAGUGGCACAGUGUGCAAUGCCCAUGGAUUCUUCAACCCCAAGGACUCCAGGUGCCUCUCCAGGGCCCUGAGAGCCACCAUUCUCUUUUCAGAGACUGGAGGAUAUGGGGUGGUAUGGGUGGGCGGGAGGGGUGUUCUCAUGGCGCGAUGCACUGUGAUUUGUUACUCUUCAAGUUGUACCUCCACUGUUCCAUCUAUCACGUUUUAUACCUUUCCACCUUCCAGUCUCCCUGCCCACCCUUUAUGGUCUUUUUUGCGUUUGUAGCUGCUGGUGGGCCAGCUUGAGCAUAUAGGAAAAGUGGCCCCAGGAACAGGGCUGCCAAAGGGGGUUGUGGUAGCCUGAGACAGGUCAUCAGUGUGAGUGGGAAGAGUAGCUCUCAGGCUUCUCUGGAGGUGCUGGCCUCUGUCGAUGUGUGAGAAGCAGCCCCUGAGGACAGGGGCAGAGCCACUCGGAGGUGGCACACCUCCCCAUCGGGCUGUACUGGUUUGUUAUCCAGGUAGGCCCUAUGCAAGAGGACAGUAGGUGGCUCUGUGGGGAACCGUGCAGCCAGCAGGUUUCUAGGCCAGGGAAGGGGGGUUUUGUGGUACUGCUCCCCAGGGGCCAUUCAGGCAGCCUGGCCUUGUCUCCUAGCCUGCUCUGGCUGAAAUCUUGGGGCUUUACCUGAGCUUGUCUGGGGCAGGGCCAGGCCUAAAUUAGCUAAAGUACCUCUGCCUGUCCUUCCAGCCUCGACUUCCCCAGUUGGUGGCAAGGGUUUGGGGUUGAGUCAGAGGCCAGGGCUCUGGGUUGUUUGGCCACUGAGUCUGUCCUCACUGACUGCAGAAUUUUCUCCUUUGAUCAGUGGGGUACUGUGUUAGCUGAGCCAGGAGAGUUUCUACAACUGCUUCGCCCCAUCAGCAGUGCUUUCUGCCUGAGUCCCAAGCACUCUGUUCCCAGGUCCUGCCUUAUCAAGCUUCCCAACAGGGCCCUGUGUGUAUUUCAGACACUAAAGGCUCUUCCUGCUUCGGAGAGGGGGCUGGGCCCCCAGAACAAAACUAGCUCCCCGCCCAUCUGCCAGUCCUUCCCUGUCUGCCCGCCCUGAAAGGCAGUGGCUCGGGCUGGCAGGGAGGGGGACACAUUCCCCAGAGGCUCCUAGAGACCAGCAGCCUUUCAGGGCUAGGGAUGGGAGCCUCAUUUGAAUGAGAAUCGGAUCUCUCCUGUCUCUGGGUUAGUCUGAACCCUGGCCCCACUAGCGCCAGCUGCACUGGAUGGCGGACCUGUAGAGAAGUUCUGCUUGUUUUUUUGGUACCCCCUCCCUUUUUUUUUCUGCAUCUGGUGGCUGCCAUGAGUAGGGUACGGCCUCCCUUGGUUCCCAGGCUCUGGGGACCCCUUGCUCCCAGCCUCACCGUGGCUUCACAACCCUGCAUGCUCCUUGUGUCUGGCAGUCCUGCUUUCAUCUACCAUGUGAGUAUGGGGCCACACCCAGCUCCUCAAGGGCAGGGGCCCUUGGGGCCCACUCUUCAUCCUCUC